CAGCCCCAGCUCCCAUUUUACACAUAACAAGAAACAGAAGAAGAAAUGGCGAUUGAUGAAGAUUUGGAGAAGCCAUUGAUGAGAUCAAGAGAAGAAAAAACUGAUGAAAAUGGAAGCUGCAAUAUUAUUAUUGGGAAUGGGAUGGUUUAUUUCAGCACCUUCGUUGCUGUUUGUGGCUCCUUCCAAUUCGGAUCAUGUGUGGGAUUCUCUGCACCAGCUCAAGCUGCAAUAAGGGAAGAUCUUCACCUCUCUCUCUCUCAGUAUUCUAUGUUUGGUUCUAUACUUACAAUUGGAGCCAUGUUUGGAGCUGUAACGAGUGGCAGAAUUGCUGAUUAUAUUGGUCGCAAAGGGGCGAUGAGAAUGUCAACUUGUUUCUGUAUUAUAGGAUGGAUAGCAAUUUACCUUUCAAAGGAAUCACUAGCAUUGGACAUUGGGAGGCUACUCACAGGCUAUGGCAUUGGAGUCUUCUCCUAUGUGGUCCCGGUAUUUAUCGCUGAAAUAGCACCGAAGAAUCUUCGAGGAGGACUUACGACCCUAAAUCAGCUAUUGAUUGUCACGGGCUCAUCAGUUGCCUUCUUACUAGGGACAAUUGUAACAUGGAGAACACUUGCUCUCACCGGACUUGUACCAUGCACUAUCCUUCUUGUGGGUCUGUUGUUUAUUCCCGAGUCCCCUAGAUGGCUCGCAAAAGUUGGGCAAGAGAAAGAGUUUCUAAGUGCAUUGCAGAUACUUGGGGGCAAAAAUGCUGAUACUUCUGCCGAAGCUGCUGAAAUUCAAAAUUAUAUUGAAACUAUGGAAAGUCUCCCAAAAACCAAGUUGGUUGAUCUGUUUCAAGGCAGAUACAUUCGCCCCUUGAUUAUUGGGGUGGGAUUGAUGGUCUUCCAACAAUUUGGAGGGAUCAAUGGAAUAGGUUUCUUUGUCAGUGAAACUUUCGCCUCUGCAGGUCCAUCGGUAGGCAAAGUUGGAACUAUUGCUUAUGCUUGUAUUCAGGUUCCAAUCACUGUGGCUGGUGUAAUCUUAAUGGACAAAUCUGGAAGAAGGCCUCUUAUAAUGGUAUCUGCUGCUGGGACUUCUCUGGGUUGCUUCCUUGCAGGAGCUUCUUUCUUUCUCAAGGGCCGCGGUUUGCUGCCCGCGUUCGUGCCCGUGCUCGUGGUCGUCGGUGUGCUGGUAUGGAUAUAUAUUGAUCUUUUUUUAACUAGCUACGUUGAAAUAUAUAUUUUUUUCUCCGAUCAAGCUCUAAAGUUUAUUGAAAAUAUUGAUUGUAAAUCAUUCAAGGAGAAAACUAUGGAAAUCACACAAUCUUACGGGGUUAUAAUAAUGAUCAUAAUUAGUAUUUAUAUUUACUUUAGAAUGUUGGACAGAUAAAUUUGCCGUAUCCCAUCAACUUUAGUUUUUGAGUUGAUUGGUGACUUAACAUGUUCAAAGGAGGAGGUCCGAUGUGUUUGAACCUUGUAAUGUCAUUUCCUCCGAUCCCCUAUUAAUAUUGAUUACCACUCGUUGAGCCUUGUACAAAUUUUUAAGUCCACAAGUGAAUAGAAACCCAUAAACUUACCCAGAAAGUUUUAUGUUCGAACUCCUAUUAGCUUAAGUUUUUGAGUUCAGUAGUAGCAAAAGAAAAUUCCUAUUUAUUGUUCAUUC